CCGACUUCGAUUGGUUACCUCGGUGGGUUUCUUUUAAAUCGCGUUUGUUACCAAAAUUGGCCCUAUGUGACGUGAAGACGGUAGCCAAGUGAUUUUUCCGUUAACAUCCGCGAGCAUUUUUCCGGAUUCGGAAAAAGGACCCUGAGUUUUCACCGAUAACGCAGGAAUGUUGUGUGUUUAGAGUGACGUUCGCCGCGGGCUGAUUAUGGCCAAUGUGAUUUGAAAAAACAUCCCGCAACUAACCAAAGGAAACAUGGAGUGGAACGCGGGUGAUUUGAUCUGGUUCGACCCGGGCCUCGGUCACUGGCUUCCCGGGGAGGUUUUGGAAUACCACAGGAGCGCCAACGUGAUCACGGUGCAGGCGGUGAUCGACGGACAGGCCCAGACCUUCGCGCUCGGCGAGGGUGAAGGUCAGGUCAGACGGAGGCAGGACCUGGGACGGGGAGGUGUCGAAGACAUGAUUCAGCUGACCGACCUCCACGAAGCCGCUUUGCUGUGGAACCUUAAACUCAGAUACGACAGAAACUUGAUCUACACAUACGCGGGAAGUAUUUUGGUAGCGGUGAACCCUUACCGGAUGUUUGACGGCUGCUACGGCAUCGAAUCCGCGCAGAAGUACAAAGGAAAAAUGAUAGGGGCACUGCCCCCGCACUUGUUCGCGUCGGCGGCGGCAGCUUACGCGGCCCUACCCGCUCCGCAGGUCGCGGUUAUCAGCGGCGAGAGCGGAUCCGGCAAGACGGAAUCCACCAAACUGGUGAUGCAGUACCUGGCGGCGGUGGCGCCGUCCGCCCCCAGGGGGCAGGCGCUCGUCACUGAACAAAUACUCGAAGCCACGCCUCUGCUCGAAGCCUUCGGCAACGCGAGAACCGUGAGGAACGACAACAGUUCUAGGUUCGGCAAAUAUCUGGAGGUUUAUUUCAAAAAUGGAGCCAUCAUAGGUGCCAAGAUGACCCAGUACCUUCUGGAAAAGUCACGGAUCGUCACUCAAGCCGCUGGCGAAAGAAACUACCACGUUUUUUACGAGCUGCUGGGCGGCUUAAGCAACUCCGACAAACAAAAGUACGGUCUAGUGGACGCGGACAAAUAUUUCUAUUUGAACCAAGGCGGGGGAGACUGCUCCCCCGGACACUCGGGCUCCGGUGCCGAUUGGAAAGCCCUGACCAGAGCCAUGGAGGUUUUAGGGGUGGGCGAAAGCGAACAGGAAGGCAUCGUUAAGGUUCUCGCUUCCGUUUUGCACCUCGGCAACAUAUAUUUUCAUCGAAGGCAAUUGCGGCACGGUCAAGAAGGCGUCGAGGUGGGUUCCGAUGUAGAAAUCAAGUGGGCCGCGCAUCUCCUGCAGAUUUCCGCCUCCGGACUGCAGAGGACCCUGACGUCGCGGAUGACUGAGGCGAGAGCGGAAAAGGUUCACUCGCCGCUCAGUAUAGACCAAGCUUUAGACGCGCGCGACGCUUUCGCCAAAGCUCUGUACUCGGCUCUAUUUAACUGGCUCGUGACUCGAGUCAACUCUAUCGUUCAACGUGGCGGUCUUCACGACGCCGCGAGAAUAUGCCUGCUGGACAUUUUCGGGUUUGAAAACCUGAACGAGAACUCCUUCGAGCAGCUGUGCAUCAAUUUCGCGUCCGAAUCGUUGCAGCUGUACUUCAACAAGCACGUCUUCAAGUUGGAGCAGCAGGAGUACGCGAAGGAGAGGCUGGAAUGGACCAAUAUCACUUGGAGCGACAAUACGCCGGUUAUCCAGCUCCUGGGCAAGAAACCCGUGGGUAUUUUCCACCUCUUGGACGACGAGAGCAAUUUUCCUCGAGCUUCUGACUCUUCGUUCUUGGAAAAGUGUCACUACAAUCACGCAUUGAACGAGAACUACUGCAGACCGCGGGUGGGCGGCAGAGAAUUCGGGAUUAGACAUUUCGCUGGUCAGGUUUGGUACUCCGUGGACGGGUUCCUGGAUAAAAACCGGGAUAUCCUGCGGACGGAGGUGAUAGAGCUGCUCGCGUCGAGCAAGGAGCCCCUGGUCAGCGCUAUUGCCAAGCCUCUGCUGAAUCAGGCGCAGACCAAGACGAUUCCCAGGGGUGCCAAUGGUCGUUUCGUGACUAUGAAACCUCGCACUCCCACCGUGGCGGCUAGAUUCGGCGACAGCUUGCAACAAUUGCUGGAGAAUAUGGCCAAGUGCAACCCCUGGUUCGUCAGGUGCAUCAAACCGAACAACGAGAAGCUGCCGAUGAAAUUCGACAUGCCGGUAGUUCUCGAACAGCUCCGCUACGCCGGCAUGCUGGACACCAUCAAGAUAAGACAGGCGGGUUACCCGAUCCGUAUGAAGUUUCAACAGUUCGUCGAACGCUACAGGUACCUGUUGCCGCGCAUACCACGAGGGUCACCUUACCGGGAGCUCUGCCGCUCUAUUCUCGAGCAAAUGCCCCAUACUGGUACAGAGGGACCGGACUAUCAGCUGGGAGCCACCAGAGUGUUCCUAAGGGAGAAUCUAGAACGGCAGCUGGAGAUCAGGAGAGCAGACUCGCUCAAAGGCGCGGCGGUUAUCAUCCAGAAGAAUAUCAGGGGAUAUUUGGCGCGGAAAAAAUACCGAAAACUCAAACAGAGCGCGGUUACGAUCCAGAAACACUGGAAGGGCUACCGACAAAGGAAACGUUACGCCAAAAUCAAACGUGGUGUGGUCAAAGCUCAAGCGCUCUACCGCGGUAGAAGGGAGAGGAAGCUCUACGGCAAACGUAAGGCGGAAUUCAAGAGACGCGUCGAAGCGGAGAAGGUUGCUCAAGAGAGGGCUAAGCAACGAGCCGCUAGAGAGGCCCAGCUUCAAGCUCAAGCGCAGAAAGCGAACGCGACAGCCAAGGCAUCGGCGAGCAGCGCUACCAACAAAAGCACCGUCCACCAUUUGGAAAUACCAGCCGAGCUGGCUUUUAUAUUUUCCAAACUGGAGGGAUACUCUCCUCCGCAUACCGAGAGGAAUCUGGUGAAAGUUUUGGGCGGCGUCACUGGAAGUCCACCGACUCUAAACUUGCCGCACGACAUCAAUCAGUUCGAGUUCUCCAAGUUCUCGUCGGUCUACUUCAAAGACGCCGACCUACACUACAAAAAAGACCCCAUUACAGCCCCAUUUCUAUCCAAAGCCGCGGCUAGGGAUCAGGAUUUCCAAGACGCCGUCGCCUUGUUCAAAUUGAUCCUGCGCUGGUCCAACGAUCCUCAGUUAACGGGUCCCAGAGAACGAGCUCUCGCAGACUACAUGAUCUACAAGGGUCUAAAUUCCCGGGGCUUGAGAGAUGAACUCCUGGUGCAGCUGUGUAACCAGACCUGGAAAAACGACAACGCUAACCGCGUAUGGCAGCUAAUGGCUCAUUGCCUGAGCUGUUUCCAACCUAGUCCCCCGUUGAGCAAGUACCUUCUGAAAUUUAUAUCUGACCACGCUCCGGUCGAUUUCAAGGAGACUUUGCAAAGGAAGCUUACGAGGAGUCUACAGAAAGCACCCCACUCUCGAAACAUGCCCCCAAGUCUUCUGGAGUGGCGUAGCAUCAGGCAGAAGUGCAAUUCUGCUCUGGCGUUGACGAUGUCUGACGGUACAGUUUCGACCGUCAACGUAGACUCUUGGUCCACUUGUGAAGAAGCUGCAUUGGUCGCCAUGAACUCAUUGGGGGUCGCUCCGGAGGGUUGGAGCGUAAUCAUGGACGACGCCGGAGUGGUAUAUGAAGGCAACGGCCUAGACUACGUCUUCGACAUGGUUUCCGAAUUGGAACUGUGUCCCGCGUUCCCCAUUCAAAAAUCUACUCUCCUAAGAGCUGGAACCAGAAAGAACUUCCCUGCCGAAGUCGAUCACCACUCGACACCUGCUCCGAUUAGGCCUUUGGUCCCACCACCCGAGCCGCCCAUCAACAUGUCUAGAAAAACGUCCCGCGAAUCCUCCAGAGAUAUUUCGCGAGCUUCUCCUCAAUCUCAAAUGGUGGGCUCCCGCCAAAGUUCCCGGAAAUCGUCUCGAGAUCUGCUUAAUAACAGCUACCACACUCCCAGUGGUAAAGAAAUGCUUACUAUGGACGUUACCACUUCAGGUCGCAAGGUUUCUCACGAGGCUUUAUCGAGAACUUCCGCUCUAAACGAACGCUACUUUGAUAUGGAAAAAACGCGCUCGAGGAGCAUGGACAAUUUGCUCAACGAGCCCCAACCCAAUCCUCUGGUGGAGUUGGGGUUGUCUCAAUCGUCGAAACUUAACGAAAGGUAUCAUUCAGUGGAGCAGCUGGCUCCGAUUAAACCUGUAAUGAACAACCAAAACUAUAUGUCCAAACAAGAAAUCGACUUCGAGUAUCCAGAAAUUUCGAGCAUCAGCACUUCCCACAGAGGUGGACCGAGGUACAUAAAAUCUCAAUACGCCGGUAAGAAGGCUCCUCCGGGUUCACACUCGAGCAGGGCUUACAUCGAGAAGUCGGAGUUGACCGUGAGGAGUUCCGCCAUGUCCGAUACUAGCGAAGCACCUAGUCUGGCAUCUCACGUGAGGAGGGUGAGAGUACCUUCGCAGGCAUCCGAUGUCGACCAGUUCUUAGAUGAACUAUUCAGUCCAGUACUGGAUGGAAACCUGGACGAGCUUUCGGAUGCCAGGUCUUUGGCUGCGAGCAUCAAAGGAGGAAACUCCACCGAUUUCGACAACGACUACAUAGAUGGCCUUGAUGAAUUUCUAGACGACAUUAUGGGUCAUCCUUUAAAUCCGGGUCUGAAUCUAUCAGAUGCUGACGAUUUAGUAUUGAGAAUCAAAGGCGGCGGACACCGAGACCGCGCCAAUAGCCAAGGAAGUUCAAUGCUCGACCAGGAGGUGGAAAAUCUGACGAACCCGUCGCCUACCCAGCCUUCCGCCAACAGCAACGUCGACGAAUACAUCAGCGACCUCUUCCGACCCAUCUUCAUCAACGACAGCAUCAAAGAUCUGACCGAGAAGCAAAAUCUACUAGAGGCUAUCAAAGGUGGCGGCUCCACGCAAAAUGAAGCCGGCACCUCCAAUUACAACCUCGUCAGUCCCGCCCCAUUGAUGAUGCCUCUUUUGAGUCCGAAUCAAGAAGGUUUCGUUCCCGUUUUCAACGUCCCAGGUGUGGGAUUGAACGGCGUGCCUCAAAACAAUACCGAUUUGGCUAAUUACCAGCAGAAUCUCCAGAGAGCAUUUCUCCAAUCGGCCAUGGCUCAGAACAUUCAGAUUCAGCAACAGUUGCUCGCCCAGAACCAGGCUCUGCAACAGCUACUGACCCAGAAUGUCAACACCAAUGACGUAAACGUGAAGGUGACGGAAACGAUCCAGACCACCGUCAAGGCUCAGGUCCACAGGUCGCAAUCCCCGAGCAGAAAGUUCAGUUUCAAAUCAUCGGCUAGCAGCGCCAAUAGAAAAUCCAGCUCGCCCAGUGUUAGUUCUUCGGAAUUUAAGUCCAGAAAAGCCAGUUCCGACUCCAAUCAGAGCAUGAACAUUAGGAGUGGGAUUCCAGCGCCGCCGCCUCUGCCUCCUCCAAUAGAUGAGGUGGAUCCAAGUGAAUCUCGACCUUUCAUGGACCCAUACGGUCGCGCGAAAACCGUCAGGAUAGGCAAAUGGAGGUGGCCUCCGCCCAAGGACGGGUCGUCGAACGAAAACGGCGAGGAUUUCAUGCACUUUAAGAUGCGGCAGCAUCAAAGAAAAGUGACGCCCACCAGCAAAGAGGCGGUAAGCAUCAACGGCAGCGUCUCGAUGAAAAGCGAGACAGCGGCGGAAUGGGAAGAGAUCGAAUUCGAGCCAGUGGUGAAGGAAACUGAGAGACUGGCCCGCACCAACUCCAAGAAGGCUUUCGAAAUCGGGGCGGCUAGGCCGUCGCCGGGUAGUAUCGGCAAAAUCAAGCUCAGUUCCGAGAUGAGACAGCGAUUGGAACUGGUGACGUCCAAUCAUUCGGUGAGAUCGAGUAGCGGCAAGGAGAAACCGUCGCGAUCGGUCAACAAGCUAGAAGACACGAGGAAGAUGAUGUUGGAGCAACAACUGGCCGGCAGGUGGGACGACGGUAGCACGGACAACGUCAGCGGCAAGUCCAGUCCGGAAAUGUCGCCGCAGGUGUUGCGCAACACGAAUAAAUCACCGACGCAGCAGAGCUGGACCAGCAGCAAUUGGAAACCUGGCCCGCCUCCGCCGCCCAUAGGACCUAAUUCGUUACCGCCGGCGCCAGCAGGUCCGGCACCGUCGCCGCCAAGCACCAGACACACUCAGCCUCCACCGCCUGUGGAACCAGUCAAAGAAUCGUUCAAAACUCACAGGGAUUUCAUUAUCCAAACUCAGGACCGAGAACACCAGAAUAGGGAGUCUUCAUUCAUGGCUCAGCGUCAGGAUAGAGACACGUUCGGCGUGCAUCAGAACAGAACGAUGAACAGCUCGAAAAGGAACUCGUUUUCGGCAAAUUGGGAAGUGCAAAGCAGCCUGGCCGAAACCCAAGACGAUACCAGCUGGGCUAAAGACGACACUGAUAAACAUGACGGCCGGACUUCGAGGGACAGCUGGGAUCUGGGAGAUUCUAGCGCGAUCACAUCGGUGGGUCAUAGGAGCGUGAGCGAGAGAUGGGAAGAAAGAAAGUACGACAAGAACAGCAAAACCGCGUCCAAGGAGUCCGGCGAACGUCCUACGUUUAGGACGCAUCAAUUGAGUAAAAGUGCGAGGGAGAGGGAGAAGAAACACUCGGUCGCGUCCACCGCUAUGACCGACAAGACAGAUAGACACGAAGUUCAAGAGUGGCCAGAGUUCAUGCGGCCGAUCCAGACGCCGCCGUCCAAAUCACCAGUCAACGGCCGCCACACCCCCAACGAACCCGAUGAACCCCCGAGUCCCAAGUCACCCGGCAGACUCCUACCCUUAGGCUCUUCGGCUUACGUCACCUACAACCGUGUCGCGUGGCUUCUACGAGUCAGAAAAGAGUUCUUCAGCCCUUCGGAACCGCUAGGACCCCUCACCGCUCUUCACCUCAUCUUUUGUCAGAUCGUCGGAGACGUUUACGGGCUGACACCCUGUAUAAGACUGACGCCGAACGAGAAAAGGGCCGGCGUGAACAUGCUUUCCGGAUACGGCGUCACCGCCGAAAAUUACAACACUUCCCACAGGGCCAAUGUCAAAAGAAACGUCAUAGAACUCGCCCGAACAUGGCCGCUCUAUUUUGCCAGACUGUUUCCUGUGUCCGGAGCUGCCCAGCUUUCCGAGGUACAGUUAGUUGCGGUAUCCCAUUGGGGCGUUCAUCUGGUGAAACGUGACCAGAACCACCUCCAAGUGAUCAGAUCUUUCGCGUUGAACGAGAUCACGUCGUGUACGGCCCCCAGGCCUACGGCCGUGAGUUUGGACGGGCCCCAGGGUAGGAUCAGUCUUCACACGCCCAGGGCUCAGCAGUUGUCUGAGAUGGUUAGCAAAUUCUGCGCGGAAUUUAGAAAGGUCCAAGCGAAAGCUCAACAACGCUCGAGGUCACCUCCAGUUGAUCGUUUAGACGUCGUCCCUGGCAGCAUCCAGGUGAAGCCGCUGAGGGACAAUUCUCCAAGUCGCAAAAUAUCGUAUGCCGACAGUAGGGACGGCACCAGAUCCCCCAGCAGUCCCCUGCCGCCCACAGGCAAAUAUUCUCUUAUGCAGUUCGCUAUGCAGAACUUCAGGCAACUUGCCGACGCUGAACAUCAAAGGAUGGACCCGCAGCCGAAGUCGAAGCAAAAGGGCAAAGAGUGGACGUGGAAACAGCAAACUGACGUCAUCAAAUGGCAGGGCAACGCUAUAGAGGGUCCGCUGCUACGUUUGGACGACCCCGAACUCACGCCUCUGGCGAUCGAAUGCUUCGACUGCAUCCUGAGGUACUGCGGAGACCAACCCCUCACCCCGGACAUGUCGGAGGUCAAAUGCGUCUAUACCGUCCUCAUGCACUGCCACAAGUACGCUCAGCUACGCGACGAAGUCUACUGCCAGCUAAUGAAACAGACCACCAGCAACAAAUCCGAGUCGCCAGAGUCCAGCCAAAGAGCAUGGAGGUUGCUAUCCAUAGUAGCAGCAUACUUUGCCUGUUCCGAUAACCUCCUACCGUAUCUAAUGGAACAUCUUACCAGCGCGGCCAAUGACAGGAGGAGAAUCUGCCACGGUACUGCUGCCGUGUGUCUCAGCAACCUAAGGAAAACCCAACGGUGCGGCGGCAGGAAGAACGUACCUUCGGUAGAAGAAGUGACCGCCGUUAGCGCAGGCAGGAGUGCCAGAAGACAGAUCUACCGUCUACCGGGUGGGGCCGAGAGGGUGGUGAACACCCGAUGCAGUACCGUAGUAGCCGACGUUAUCCAGGAACUCUGCGGGCUCAUUGGAAUCAGCAGCGAGGCCGAGCAGCAAGAGUUCAGCCUGUAUUGCAUAGUUCAAGGCGACGCUUUUACCAUGCCUUUGGCAUCUGACGAAUACAUCUUGGACGUCACCACGGAGCUUCACAAGGCUGGUCAACCGUUCUAUUUAAUAUUCUGCCGCUCCGUGUGGUAUCACCCGCUAAAGCACGAUGCUAGUCCUCUUUACACCGAAGUACUGUUCAACCAAGUGGCCCCCGACUACCUCGAGGGUCUCCUCUUGAGACUGGGCAACCCCAAUCUACCACCGAGCGUUGUCAGAGAUAUGGCUCUAGUAGCGGCAUUGCUGCACAGGGCUGCGGACUUGGGGCACUCUCCCAACUUAAAAGAGGUUAAAUUUUUGCUACCCAAACCCGUCUUGGGGUUGAGGGAGCCGAGACCGCCGCAAUGGUUGGCUCUAGUGCAAACCAGUUGGGGCCAAGCGGUCGGUUUGUCAGUUUCCAGAGCCAAGCAUAGGGUUUUGCAGGUUCUCAGUAGCUGGCCUCUGUUCGGAAGCUCAUUUUUCGCUGUCAAGCGUGUGGUGGGUGAGCCGGAACACUGGCAGGAACAUAUCCUGGCUCUAAACAGAGGCGGAGUCCAUUUCCUCGAUAUGAACACCCACGAGACUCUUCAACAUUGGCCGUUCGCGGAAGUGAUCAGCACAAGGAAGGUCAGGUCUGAGGACGGAGCCCUAUUCUUGGAUAUGAAGUGCGGUAACCUGCUUCAGCAGCGGGUGACGAGGCUGCAGACUGAGCAGGCCCACGAGAUAUCCAGGCUGGUCCGGCAGUACAUCAAUCUCGAGCAGGAGCACAGCAGCAGGAAUAAAUAGUUCAGUUCUCCUGUGCAAGUGUGGAACCUCUAUAUCUAUGUAUAUAUGAUUAUCAAACGAAUGUUGGCACUCAGGUUAUAUUUCAAGGUGAGGUAGAAGCAAGUUGAAUCUAGCUCACCUUUCGUAUCCCAUAGCACCUAUUCAGAUAAUAACGUAAUAUGUUAUUGGCGGUCUAGAGCCCGUUCAUUUUUAUAUAAAUAUCAAGCAGGAACUGAGAAUAUAUAUGUAUAUGAACUGCACACCAGCUUUAUUUUGUAAAUAACAUUAAUUAGGCCGCAUAUUUUGCAUAUAUCAGUAAUCAGAUUUUUUAUGAUUAUCACGUAUGUCGUUUGGAACUGUACAGUGCCGCGAAAUAAAAUUUUUAUAUUGAGGGUGCUUGCAGGUUAAUAAAUAUUUUUAACAAAAACAGAUUUGGAUUUUUGACAUUUUAAUUAUCCUAUGAGAACAAGGACACUCCAGGUACAAGAAU